CUGCAGGCGGGAGACCAAAGAAUGCAGAGGAGAUGCCUAAGGCUCAGCUACUCUUCUGAUGAAGAAGAAGAUCAAAAUCAACACCAACAACGCGAUGAUGAACUUCUGCACCAGAACCCCGACGUCCCUCACCAACCUGUAACGCUCUCUACUCCGAACCCUGACUCUAACCCUAGCCAGCCGGACCCAGUCCCAAUCUCCGAUGAAGACUUUGUUGACGUCUCCGAAAAGCUUACCCCUCCGUCUCCUCCGUCUUCUCCUCCAUCGGUUGAUUUGAGGCCCAUGGAAAUCUCUGAUUCUCCGAUUGGGGAUGUGCUCCUGAGGGUGGGACUGAAAUUGAGGGGAGAGUGGCUGGAAUCUUGCCUUCGGGGACUGCAGAGCGUGGUUCCUGGGUUCCCUAGCCUUGAUAAUUUGGAAAAAGCGAAGCUGUGUUUCAAGCAGUUUUUGUUUUCUGAUAUGAAUUACUCUGGAGGUGGCGUGCUUCCUGAAAAUGUUGAGUCAAUGCACCUUGUUGAUCUUGCUGGGCCAUUUGUGUUGCAGGUUGAUGAGAUGGUUAAUAUCAGUUGUCCCCUUCGAAGCAGGUAUCAGGAUGCAGCUUCUGGAGUCAAGAGGUGUCUCAAGUUAUCUAUGACAGAUGGUGUCCAACGUGUGUUUGGUAUGGAAUACCGGCCUAUCAAAGGUCUUGAAGUCUUAGCUUCUGCUGGAUUGAAGGUAGCCAUCUGUAAUGUACACAUUAGGCAUGGACUUCUUAUGUUGGUCCCUGAAGCCUUGGAAGUUUUAGGGGGAGUAGUUGAGGAGUUAGAUGAGGCCCGACAGUGUCUUGUCAGUGAAGUAAAUAAGCCACCUAGGGGUAAAAGAACAAGGACAGGAGUGAUUCCUCCCUUAGCAACUAGAGCAACUCUGGCUGCAUGGCCAUCCAGUGGUGAUAAUUUUCUUCAGCACACCAAUACUUCAACGUUGCAACCUGCAGCUCCCUGUCUGACACAUGAAAGAGGUGCUAGUUUUGUUCCUUCAAGCAAUUAUACUAGUCAAAGAACUCCAGAGGAGCCUACUGUUCCCAGUGGUAGAUUGAAUGCUGUGCCUAAUCCAUCACCUGACAUUGCUUUGGAUGUUCAGGAGAUGCAUAUCAAUACUGUUCCCAUUAGCAGGGGAAAUGCUGAGUAUAACUCAAACUCUAAUACUGUAUCCGAUGUGAAUGACAAUCCUAUGGUUGAUGAGGUGGAACAUCCUCUCAUACUUUCUGGAGACCGUGAAGUUCCUUUUACCUACUUAGCUAGUUUGUCAGCCAAGUGGGCUGCAAUGAAAGAGAAAGCUGCAUCUAUUCAGGGAAAAAUUAAGUGUUUCUUAACUGGAGUCAAGGGCUUUCAAUACAAGCGAAGAACAAAGUAUGAGCUACUAUGUUAUGUUGAUGAUGGCAGCCUCAUUUCUGAGAUCCUCAUUGAUCACAAUGUUGUGCAGAGAGGGAUAGGACAUUCUCCAGAAGAGGUCACUGCGGCCCUUACUUCCUCAGACAUGAAAGUAGUUAAUGGUAUGAAGGAGACAAUGAAGCAGUUCCAAAUAUUCUUAGUGAAUUUUGAGGGUACAAUGCUUGUAGAGAUCAACAAAUCAUCUACUCUUCCUAUCGCCCUUGAAAUGAACCAGGGCUGUUCUGCAUCUGAUGCAUGGUUACUUCUUAGAAGGCUAAAGUCUUCUGUUUCUUCCCUGACUCCCAAACAACCCUUGGAUUUCGUUGACAUAUCCCCUUGAAUUGGUUUUGGCUCCGCCUAAUAACCACCCUUGGGAAGAAAUGGAAAGAUUGAAGAGCCAUGAGAUUGGUUUCAUGGAUAUCUGCAGCCGUUCUGCACUGUGAUUUCAGAUUUGGCCGGAUUCUCUAUUGGUUGUCGCAAGUGAUUCAUGAGAAAGGAAGUUGUCAAAGAUAUUCAUUGUAGAGGAGUAGGAAUCCCUCGUUUCAAUUGAAGUGAGUUUCAUGGGUUGAAGUACAUGAUCAUAUAUUUCCAUACCCAUUAUGCUCACUAAUUUGUACAAUGUCCGGUUGAUCAAUUCCUGUCAUUCUUUAAGACCACGGAAUACUCAUUUGUCUGGUUGUCACUUAUUUGUCAUAUAUCCGCUAGUACUUGAUUAGCUUGUACGGUUGUACAUAGUUAUAAAGAUGGGUAUGUUAC